ACGGAAUCUGCGGGAUCUCGGGUCUCACUAAGAUCCAAUAGUUUUCACUGACACUCCUUAUGUUGAUUCAGUCAACUUUUCAAGGCAAAUACGUAGGAGAUGUCUACGAGUCAGACACACGUAGCAGGAUCCGGAUUGAAGACAUUGCCGAAUGCACGGAUGUCCACCCUAAGCUUUGUGCCUCCUCCCAGUUCGGCCGGAGUUCCUGCAAUACAAUCUCAGCUUUUAUGUACGAUAUUCGAGCACACCUCGAUAUAUUGAUACCGGAG